AUGAUUAUUAAUGUGGAAAGUCAGAGAAGAAAUAAUGCUACUGUUGGUGUUGGUGAUCAUACAGCUCUAAUGAGUAAUAGAGCCCAUACUGGUGGUCACAAUCGUGGCUAUAAGCCCAGAAAUAACUUUGGAAACUCAUCUCUUCAGUGUGCAUAUGCACACACUGCUAGCAUAGCACCUGAUUCAGCUACACAACAAGGAAGUGCUGCUAAUGUAGUCCCAGCAUAUGGUUCAACAACUGAUAGCCCUUCAGCAAUAACAGGUACUAUAACAGCUCUCAUAUCUCAUUUAGUGAGCAAUAACUGGAUUAUUGAUACAGGUGCUACCAAUCAUAUGGCUCACAUCCUCAAUCUACUGAGCAAUAUUAGAAAGCUAUCAGAUAGUGAUCAGAACUCAUUUCAACUUCUUGAUGGUGAAAAAGUUAUUAUCAGUCACACUGGUGAUCUAUCAUUGUUUAAGGAUAAAUCAGUACAUCAUGAGCUCUUCACUGGGAAGGUGAUGGGGAUUGGUAAAGAGGAUCAUGGUCUCUACAUUAUGAAGCACAAAGAACAAGAUGUUCCCAAGCAGCUUCCAGAUCCUAGGCCAUUUCAUUCCAGUCCUUUUAAUAAGAGGUUAGGUUAUGUACCAUUAGGAGUUCUAAAUAAGAUAGAAAGUUUACCAAAUGUUCAAUUGAAGGAGCAUUUAUGUACAGUUUGUUCUGUUGCUAAGCAAACCAGAAUUCCUUUCUCUUCCAGUAAUGCAUGUUCUAUUAAUGCAUUUGAUCUCAUACAUGUUGAUGUUUGGGGGCCAUACAGAGUACCUACUCACAAUGGUAGGAGGUAUUUUAUGACCUUAGUGGAUGAUUACUCAAGGUUUAUCUGGCUUUUCUUAAUGAAUGACAAGGCAGAAUUUAUUGUGAUUCUGAGAAAUUUUCUGUUAUUAGUCAAAAAUCAGUUUCAUUGUAGUAUCAAGUGUUUAAGGCCAGAUAAUGGUACUGAAUUCUUUAACAACCAG